AUGAUACUUAAUGAGGUCUUGCAGAUUAUCGCUCUUGUACUUGCUGCCAUCAUUUCGCUGGCAACAUGUGGGGGUAAAAAGAAAGGUAAGAAAGCCACACCAUCAGUUAUGAGCAAACCAGCACCACCUGGAGGGCCAGGUGCAAAGAAAGAAGAGAAGAAGGAAGAGCCAGCAAAGCCAGCUGAGGGUGAGAAGAAGUCAGCAGAAAAGGAAGGAGGAGGAGAAAAGAAAGAGGAAAAGAAGGAGGAAAAGAAAGAGGAGGAGAAGAAGGAGGAGAAGAAGGAGGAGGAAAAGAAGGAGGAGAAGAAGGAAGAGAAGAAGGAAGAAGAGAAGAAGGAAGAGAAGAAGGAGGAAGAGAAGAAGGAAGAAAAGAAAGAGGAAGAGAAGAAGGAAGAGAAGAAAGAAGAGGAAAAGAAGGAAGAGAAGAAGGAAGGCUCUAAGGCCGAACCACCUGCUGAGAAGAAGGAAGGCUCUAAGGCCGAACCACCUGCUGAGAAGAAGGAGGGCUCCAAAGCUGAGGCUCCAAAGGAAGAGAAGAAAGAGGAGGAAAAGAAGGAAGAGGGAGAGGAGGGUAAGGAGAAGAAGGAAGAAGAAAAGAAGGAAUAGUAUUCUCCAGCGGAAGCCACUCGAGUAAUGGUGGCAUGUUGCGUGCUUCGUAAUAUUGCAAUAAGUCGAAACGAACCAAUCGAUUUCGACUACUACCCUGUGGAGGACCAGCAAGGUGAAGAGGUGGCGUCCGGAGCUUCCUAUGAAGUCCCCGAGAGAAAUGCGAUCUCUUUCAGGAACGACCUCAUAUCACGCUAUUUUAAAGCCACUACUUCUCCAACCGAGACAAAGAAAUUUCAAGCAUAUCAUCAAUUGCGAGUUUACCAAUUAUACUACGAGUGCUUCGCCUAUUGUUUUCUUUGGCUUGGUCAGUCCUUUUCGGAAGUGUUGCGGGUAGUAAGAGGUGUGCCCCAGGGAGGUGUACUGUCACCUGUGCUUUUCAAUGUGUUCACGGCUGAGCCCGAUAUUCUUCGUAAAGCAUGCGUCACUCCGAAGAUGUAUGCCGAGGACAUAAAAAUUUGUAAGGCAAUCUCAGUAGAAGAAGAAUAUCAGGUGCUCCAAAGAGCAAUAGAUCCAACGGUAAGUUGGUCGAAGAACUGGCAACUGCCUACAGCGCCACACAAAACAGUGUACAUGCAACUACGCUCUUUUACUUCACCAACGCGAACGUACACUGCUGAUGUGUCCUACUCUCUGCUGUACAAUCCAUCAGAGACCGGCUUUUACUACAACGACAAACUGGACUUCACGGAGCACAUUAAAAAGAGGAUCAGAGUAGCCAAUCUUCGGACAUUCAAAUUUUCAAAGGGCUGUCUUUAG